GAAAUUCAAUAAUGUGUUGGACGACAUCAGAAAAGUUGUUAAGUUUAAUUUUAUUUUAAUUGUCGUAUGUACAUUUAAGUGAACUUGUCGACUGCUACCUGGUAUUCGUGUUGACUGCUGCGUGGUUUUCGUGAACAAGAGACCGAAGAUGGCCGCCACCCGAGACCGGCGCGUGAAUGCGGGCAGUAAGAUGUCGCGGUUGUUGGAGGACGAUGAUGAAGACGAUUUCUACAAGACAACAUACGGCGGAUUCAACGAGGAGGAGGAGGAUAAGGACUAUGAGUCGGAGGACUUGCCGUCUGACACGGUCGACUCGGACUUUGACAUCGAUGAACACGACGAGGCGCGAAGCGAUGUCGAGAACGGUGACGAACCCAAGAGAAAGAAACGCGGCAUCGACACGAAGGCGUACAAGGAACCAAUCUCCAAAGAGCCACCGAAAGAGAAAACUGUUGUCAAGAAGAAACCCAAACUUGACAAGUCUCCAGUGCAAAUCUACCACUUUACAGAGAGGAAGAGUAAACGUCAGUCGACGCAGAUGAAGACGGAACAAGCCGCACGCAAUCAGAAGGAGCGGGAACACAAGAUGAAGAUGAUGAGAGAAAUCGCGUCGAGGAAAAACGUGUCGAGCGUGCGUCGCCUCACACAGGCCGAGCUCCUGAAGGAGGCAAAACACACGGAGAAACUCAAUCAGCAGAGUUUAGAGGAUUUCCGUAAGCUUGAGUUGGAGAAGAAGAAGACACGCGUCACGAAGCAGGUGUACCGCGGUCCAGUGAUUCGCUACCACUCUGUAACCAUGCCCGUCGUCGAGGAGCUGUACGCAGAGCCAGAAAUAAACGUAGAGGGAGAGAGUUCUGUAGAGCUCCCGCGGAAAUGUGAAGAAGUGAAAUGUGUCACCAAGUGUUCGCGGACGUUCAUCACAUUCACCGAUGACGCAAUCUACCAGGAUCUGUUUGCCAAAAAGCGAGAGAAGUACGCUCCGAAACAGAUUUGUCCCAUCACCCGGCAACCCGCCAAGUAUUUCGACCCCAUCACGCAGACGCCAUACGCGACACUGCACGCGUUCCGGUGUAUCCGAGUGGCAUAUGCACAGCAGCUCGAGAGUGCGAAGAUUCGCAAGAAAGAGAAGUCUCCAGUGACCAUGUUAGAAACACCCAGCGUCAGUGUUAGUAGCUGAUAGAACAGAUUUGAAUAUUGCAGAAGAGAAGCAAAUUGUUGAAAGAAGGAUACAGCACUAGUGACUAUAUUUCUGUUUGAAAGAACAGAAUUGAACAUAAAAGAUUAAAAUAUAACAAAAGAGAAACAAAUUCUCGAAAGAAGGAAAAAUGACCAGUUACCAUGUUGUAAAAACUGAACGUCAGUGUUAGUAGCUGAUAGAACAGAUUUGAAUAUUGCAGAAGAGAAGCAAAUUCUUGAAAGAAAGAUAAAGUAGUAGUGACUAUGUGUCUGUUUGAAAGAACAGAUUUGAAUAUUACAAAAUGGACACACUGGUAGGUGAUUUCACCAUCUGAUAGUUGAAACAUAAAAGAUUUGAUUGUUACAUAAGACAUUGGACUUACGGAAGAAGGAUAAAGUACUAGUCACUAUGUUAAAUUCACCAAGCGGCUUCAGGGUUUGACAGAUCCGCUAGUCCUCAAUCCCAGCUGUUGUUGGUCGAGGCUAGUACAAAAUAACAGCUUUAUUACUAUAAUAUAUAGGGCACUAGCCAAAGCUUCUGUGAGGGCCGAAUGGCUGACUGGGACAAACAGAUCACUAGUGACUACAGGUCUAGGACAAACAAAUCACUUGUGACUACAGGUAUAGGACAAACAAAUCACCAGUGACUACAGGUCUAGGACAAACAAAUCACUUGUGACUACAGGUAUAGGACAAACAAAUCACCAGUGACUGCAGGUAUAGGACAAACAAAUCACCAGUGACUGCAGGUCUAGGAUUGACAAAUCACCAGUGACUACAUGUCUAGGAUCGACAAAUCACUAGUGACUACAGGUCUAGGAUUGACAAAUCACUAGUGACUACAGGUUUAGGACAAACAAAUCAAUAGUGACUACAGGUCUCUGUGUUUAGAAACAUCAGGAUGUCAGUCUGGUAUUCUACUGGUAAUCAUUCCUGGUGAGAAACAUGAAGACGUUCCCGACCUUGCAGUUGUCCAAGGCAGUUGGCCAUGCAAUACAGAUUGCAAUAAACCAUUCAGUUCUGCACA